ACAAAACAGUCAUUCCAGAAGAUCAUAUUGUUGUCCAUGCCAUCUCUCUUCUUCUCCUCCUCCUCCAGGGUCAACCAGCGUGCUCUUAUUGACCGAUGAGAACAUUUCUUGACGGCAGCUGAGUGAUUUCAGUGGGUGGAUUAUCAAUUUGCUGACUUGUUGGGAGAAAAGAGUUGCCAUGGAAACUAUUUCUCUCUUCCUCUCCUCGCUGCUGGUGUGCGUGGCUGCUGUAGCAGACGUGGAUGUUCAGGAUGAAAAAGAAAAAGAGGACAACCCCUUUGUCUACGACUAUGAGAGCCUGAGGAUUUGUGGACUGGCACUAGCUGUGGUGCUGUUCACCCUCGGAAUCCUGCUCAUCCUCAGUAGACGAUGCCGCUGCAGUAUCAGCCAGAAGCCCAGGGCCCCCGGAGAUGAGGAGGCACAGGAGGAAAACCUUAUCGUCUCAAAGGCUGCAGCAGCUGCCAAAGAGUCUCCAGCGGAAAACUGAGGCAGCACCUCCAUUAUCAGCUCAAACUGCCUUCUGAGAGGAUGAACGUGAAUCACCUGCAUCGAUGACAUGUUAUAGGGUAAUGAUACGGCGAGGUAUGACCACAUUAUGAUACAAAAUGUACAUAAAUCAUGCGCCUUUUAGCACAGUCGUGCUUCGUUGUGACGUAGCAGUCCUCAGUGCUCUUGUCUCUACUCGUGCCUUCAUGUAGAUGUCCUUCACUUUUACUGUACCGUACUGUACCGUGUCUCAGCUGUUAUGUAAUAAUGGCACCUUCGACACAAUUUGAAGGUAAAACAGGUGUCCGUGUGGUGUGGUGCUGUUUGUUUUGUACUCCCUACUACUGCUUUGACACUCUAGGAAUGUCUCCACUUUUCAAUAAGGGUACCCUAUAUGAAUUAGUUUGCCUGUUUAUUGAAGUGAUGAGUCCACCUCGUGUAUAUGCCCGCCUGAUUUGUAAAAACAAAACCCCCUCCAAGAAAACCAAACAACUGCUUCACUACAUAUGCUAUAUUGCCAAAAGUAUUUGGCCACACCUGCCUUGACUCACAUAUGAACUUGAAGUGCCAUCCCAUUCCUAACCCAUAGGGUUCAAUAUGAUGUGGGUCCACCUUUUGCAGCUAUUACAGCUUCAACUCUUCUGGGAAGGCUGUCCACAAGGUUGCGGAGUGUGUUUAUAGGAAUUUUCCACCAUUCUUCCAAAAGCACAUUGGUGAGGUCGAGAAGGCCUGGCUCUCACCGUCUCCGUUCUAAUUCAUCCCAAAGGUGUUCUAUCGGGUCCAGGUUCGGAUUCUGUGCAGGCCAGUCAAGUUCAUCCACACCAGACUCUGUCAUCCAUGUCUUUAUGGACUUUAAUUUGGAAGAGGAAGGGGCCCACUCCACACACUUUGCAUUGAACUUGGUGAUGUAUGGCUUAGAUGCAGCUGCUCGGCCAUGGAAACCCAUUCUAUGAAGCUCUCUGCGUACUGCGCGUGGGCUAAUUAGAAGGUCGCCUGAAGUUUGGAGCUCUGUAGCAACUGACUGUGCUGAAAGUCGGCGACCUCUUUGCACUAUGCGCUUCAGCAUCCGCAGACCCGUCUCUGUCAGUUUACGUGGCCGACCACUUGGUGGCGGAGUUGCUGUUGUUCCCAAAUUCUUCCAUUUUCUUAUAAUAAACCCGACAGUUGACUUUGGAAUAUUUAGGAGCGAGGAAAUUUCACGACUGGAUUUGUUGCACAGAUUACAUCCUCUGACAGAUCCGCGCUGGAAAUCACUGAGCUCCUGUGAGCGGCCCAUUCUUUCACAAAUGUUUGUAGAAACAGUCUCCAUGCACUUGGUCUUAUACCUGAUUGAUUAUUUGGAUGUGUGGCCAAAUACUUUCGGCAUUAUAGUGUAUCUUAAAUAAAGCCUGCCAACAAUCCACCAGUCGAAUAAAUACUGGUACUUUUAAAGGUAACGCUCUUAUUAUGUCAGUCCUAACGGUUAACGAUUCACGUCAGAUCGUACUGACAUUUUUCGUUACCUCUGUCAUGUCCAGUUUCAGACACUCGGCGGGACCACAAGCAGUCAAGCAGCACUCAGAGCGGACUCAGUCAGACUGGCUCUAGGCAAUGUUGCGAUUCUCCAUGCCAGCGAAGCAAGUCUGCCUGAUCGAAAACACUCAAACGUGCAGCGAGGCACCACUUUUAAAAAAGCGAUGCUAAUUUAGACCCGCAACUGAUUAGCAUAAGCGAUUUUACAUGUCCAUUUCAACACCUCCAAAUUUGGUAAUGAAAACGACAAUUAAGAUGCACGUUACAAUCAAACAGGUGGUGUGUAAUAUAUAAAAUACUUACAGUAUAAACACUUUGUAGGGUUCAACCAUAGACUAGACUUUCAGCUUAAUGGCAAAGACUACUUCCUGACUAGGCAACACACAAUAGCCUAUACACCACUGCCAUCUAAUGUCUUGGAAUUGCAACUGCAUGCAAAGUCUGCAAUACUUACAAUACUUGCAAAUGAGAUUCAGAAAUGUGGAACAACUGGACAGCAUAGGCAUUAUCGGUUCAGCGUUAAAUGUUUAACACAAAAAUGCCAUUUUAUUAUUAAACAAAUGAACACAUAGAAAAGUACCAACAACUGGUUCUUUGGAUUCCCAGGCACCGGGUAUUGGUUUUAUCAUUUAGUUGUUAUUUGGCAAAUUUUUUAUCGGCGGUCACUCGAACAAGUAUGACGAUCCUCCUGGUAGGGGUGUAUCCCUUUAUGGAGGAUGCCUGUGCGUGACUUUGUUUUACGUGGGGAGACUGGUGCACAGACAGUCGCCACACGAUCCUUGACAGAAUCGGGUCAGGGUCCAGUGGCAUGGAGUCCAAGACGACUGGGGACCCUUUUCUGCUGCAGCCUUCAUCCGCCAUCGCAGCCGUUGUGGUAGUUCUUCAAAUCUACCGUUUUCCGCCUGCUCCGCCGUUGAGGUCUUCACCGUAUCCCUGGCUAGGGGGCAGUCAGGUACUAGGCCUUUGCCAAGGGCCACCUGGGGUAACAGUAGUAAAGGGGUUAACCUCCUAGUGCCCCAAAACCCCAUAGAGGAGCCUCCACUGCCGGAUGCACUUUAACAUCAUGCCCUGGACAGGCGAAUAUGCUAACCUAGCAUGGUGUUAAAACGUGGGUGUAAUGUUAGCAAUGUAGCUCACAUAGCUAUGCAAGUGUUGAUAACGUUUGCGUCCUCCUGUGCCACUCCUUAGUGAUAUAUGGUGUCUGGACAAGUUAUGAACAAUGUUUUUCUUGGAACCAAACACUCAUUAGCUCUGCAAUUUGUUAUUCGUAUAGCCAGAACUGUGUGCGUAAGAAUGACAAAUUGCAUAAUUAUUUGAAGACCUGAUGAACCUAUUUAGAUCACUCAUUGGCUCGUCAGCAUGAAAGCCACAGACACACAAAAUGCCGCAUUAACAGCAGGACUUGGUAAAGGUAGCAUCAGUGCUACAUUUUGGCCAACACACUUCCAAUAUACAAUUGACUUAUCUGACCCGAUCCAAGUGGACCGUGACAGCGAAAGGUGAAAAUAAAUGACUAUACCCACCAAAACAAAAUGGGCUAUUUUGCUCGACCCAAAAGUCCACACAGUUUCAUUGAGAUCGGUCGUGUUGUGUUUGUGCAAUCCUUGAUCUAAAAGUAUUGUGCAAUUGUUUAUUAACCUCUUAAGGCUCAAGCUGUUUGUUUACAUGCUUUUUUUAUUUCUCUUUGGGCUUAUUGGACCCUAAUUAGAAUAAAAACUAAGAAUCAUCUUUUGAUAUGAUGUACUUAGUCCAUAAGUACACAAACGUGUACGUCAUGUGUAGUGACAUGCUAAUUUUUAUUUUUACACUUUUUUUUCCAAAUUCAAUUGUAUGUUAUACUCUUAAGGAGCGCCCUAAGUGGCUGAUCCGUUGGCGGUCCCGUGGGAUUGUGCCGAAAAUGUAAUUUCAGUUCUUAUGUGUCUUGUACAUGUUAAGAAUGGACAAAUAAAGCUGCUCUCUGCUCUGCUCUUCUGACACCACCAGAUGGCAGUAUAAGUGUCCACAUAAGCGGCCGUAAGACCCCAAUUCAGUAGUGUACACAAUUUUGGAAAUAAGAGCUAAAAGGUGCUGUCCACGCAUGUGGCCACUAAGCUUUUAGAGAAGGCAUUUCUGAACCCUCAUAAGGGUACCCUUAUUAGAAAGCAAUGAAAGUUUUUUUUUGUGUGUGUUUCCUUAUGUCGUCAAAUGUCCUUGAAAAUGUACCGCAGUUGUAUAAAUAUAUAUAUAAAUAUGCAGUAUAUUAAAGUACAGACAACGGGAGCGUGCAUGUACAUGUAAUGUAUGUGUGUCCACGUGUUGUACCAGACAAUCGAAUCUGCUAAAAUCCACUGCAGUAAUUUGACAUCAGCUGUCUCACUGCCAUUACCCCGCCACUAAUGGGAAUAAGUAGUCCACCUGUAGACAUACACAUGUGGUUUUCUAUUCAUCAAAGAGGCCUCUCGUGUUGACGUUGACCAAAACAUCACCAGUGAGACUGUCAAGACUUUCACUAUCUGUUUUUGAAGACGACAAACACUUUUGUCCAACUGCCGCAUGAGGCCUUGUUGUGUCGCAACAUGUCGUGCUUUUGACAUUUAAUAUCAAUAAAUCUCUCUGAAGACUUAUAACGAUG